AAUUAGUUUGUUCCUAUCACAGAUAUUUCUGACCUUUUUUCUUCCUCUCUCUCCUUUCUCUCUCCUUCAGGGUUUUAACUCAGCAGCUAGUAUAGGAGCAGUUCCAGCAAAGAGAAGGAGAGAAACUACAAAAACUCGGAGAGGAGGUAAACGAAGCUGGAGAAAGAAAUUAACCAAAUUAAUUAAUUUGGGAUGUGUGCAUAGUUAAGAGCCAUAUAUAUAUACAAAAGAGAAUAUGACAUGGUGCAGUCAAUCCAAUGGUGAAACAGCCCUACCAAUAAUAUCAACUCCUCCAUCAGAUGAAAAUAAUAUUAUGAUCACAUCAAAAGUUGAUCAUGAAAUUAGAAUCAUUACUUGUCCUUCGUGUGGACAUAGCAUAGAGCUUCAACAUCAGCAGAGAGGAAUACAUGAUUUGCCUGGUCUACCAGCUGGAGUGAAGUUUGAUCCAUCUGACAAUGAGAUUCUUGAGCAUUUGGAAGCAAAGGUCAUUUCAGACACCCUUAAACUUCAUCCCCUUAUUGAUGAAUUCAUUUUGACCAUUGAUGGUGAAAAUGGCAUUUGCUACACUCAUCCUGAGAAACUACCUGGGGUGAGCAAGGAUGGUCAAGUGCGUCAUUUCUUUCACCGGCCAUCAAAGGCAUACACAACGGGGACUAGAAAACGACGAAAGGUCCACACUGAAAUUGAUGGUGGAGAAACAAGAUGGCACAAAACAGGCAAAACCAGGCCAGUUUACAUAGGUGGAGUUUUGAAAGGUUACAAGAAAAUUUUGGUACUCUACACAAAUUAUGGUAGGCAAAGAAAGCCUGAGAAGACUAAUUGGGUAAUGCACCAAUAUCACUUAGGUGAAAAUGAGGAGGAAAAGGAUGGAGAAUUAGUUGUUUCAAAAGUUUUCUACCAAACACAACCUAGACAAUGUGGAUCAUUAAGCAUAAGAAAACCAGUUGACAACAGCAAGUCAAGAUCUUUAAGCAGGCAAGAUAGUCCUAUCCUGAAAACAACGAAUUUCGUCGAUUAUUAUAAUCCUCCUUUCAUUUCAUACGAUAUUGGGAGCCAAAAUAGAGAGAGCUCACCUCAGUUAAUCCAAAAUUUGGUUGUUCAUGGUGAUAGCUCAUCAUUUGUUAUACCUUCAAAUGCAAGCAAAGAGAAAUGAGGAAGUAGGUAGCAAAAACAAAAUUACUAAAAUAACAGAUGAAAAUGACUGUUGGGGUGGUGGUGGUUGUUGUAAUGUGUAAUAGUCAAAUAAGUUAAAGAUUGAGCUGCUAAUGAGGAAUUUAUUGUCUUUACAUUGUCAUGCAAGAUAGAACGAACUUAUUAAUGACAAUCUUGUUAUUUAGGAACUUUCUGUCUUCAAAGUAGAUAAUACAGUGUUCAUUAUUCAUCUUUUUCCUCAAGAGUUAUGUAUUAAAUUUAAGAUGUAAGGUGAACAUCUGCUUAAUUUUGUAA